AUGAGAAAGAAAUCCUCGACGGACUAUAAAGCUCUCAACACUCUGCAAUACGGGCUGACAAAGGAAGAGAUGAACCGAGUGGAGUCGCACCAAAAUACGAAAGAAUUAUGGGACAAGUUGAUCGAACUACACGAAGGAAUGAGUGACACCAAGGUCAUUCCUUUCUUGAGAGGAACAGCAUGGGAGCAACCGCCUCCCGAUCUAGCUUCUUACUUGUAUAAAAAUCGAAUUGUUUAUUUAGGCAUGUGUCUUGUUCCUGCAGUGACAGAGUUAAUGAUGGCAGAGUUCCUAUAUCUUCAAUAUGAGGAUGCUAAGAAGCCAAUAUACCUAUACAUUAAUUCUACCGGUUUUGGCUUAAUCUUGUGGGUAUUGCAGGACGUCCCUAUUCUUGUCAUGGUCAGCAUGCUUGCCUAUUUCUGCUUCUUGGAGCAACUCUUAGUUAGUGAAUUGGGUCCCCAUGCUCUUGCCGUAUCUUUGCCAUUUGCUUGUGUUCUAGGUCUUCUCGCAUCCAUGAUAGCUUCAACGAUGGUGAUCCAGAGCUACAUUUGGGCCUAUGCAUCGUUCCAAUUUGCACUUGUGAUCCUCUUUGCUCAUGUUUUCUAUAGUGUGCAAGGAGUAAGCCCUGUGUUCUCCAUUUUACUUUCCUCAUUUGCUGGGUUUGGUAUUUCAAUCAGUAUGAACUCUUUGCUUAUUAAGUAUUUAAGAUGGAGGGCUAGGAGAACUUUGCGCUCGGUCCAACUUAAUCAGAGUCAGCAGCAAAAUGAAGCCAGAAACCUUGCUGGAGUUGAAGAUGGAGAUGACACAAGGCAACAAGACUUGGAGAACCAGAUUCAAGAUCCUAACCCUUUGCAACAUGGACAAAAUCAUUCGUAAAGAC